GGUGGAACAAUGUGCCCAUGGAAAGGUUUGAGCGAGCCGUCUCCGUGUUCAGUUCUACCCAAUCCUCCGACGCAGCCGGUAUGCGGUCCGCUCUGCCACGCGACGAGAAAGGGAAAGUGGACAUGAGCCUUGAACGGGUUCCUCGUUUCAUCACCUUUCUUAUCACCACCCAGUCUCGUUUGUUCCACUCGCACUUAUCCAACUCUGCAGCGGCUGCCUCUCACUAGUUGACAAUGACAGUAUUGAUGAAGGGGAGAGAAAGUCACUGCUAAUAAACACGGAAAUCUACCUCUCUACUCGCUCUCUCACUCCUUAUCUUAUCCGACUUUCUAACUGAGUUCACUCCAGCAGUGUUGCAUUAACUCAUGGUCAUGGUAUCAAUGGACGGGCCAUUUCUUGACCCUUUCCACCUCACAAAUCCUUGUUGCUGCUGCUGUGGGACUGUUCCUAUAGCCAAUGGCGUUCGCACCGUGGCCAUAACCUCCAUGAUAAUCGCCGCGAUUUAUGGGAUGAUGGGGAUUUGGUUUGCAUUCAAUGCGCUAAUCCCUGCCGAUACCAACAACCUCUUUAUAAAGGAGGGGCUUAAGGCCGGGGCGGAAAUUAGCACCUACAAUAACCACAACCUCAUCGAGAUUCUCCUUAUUUGUGCAAUUACUUCACUAAUAAGCGGGAUUAUGCGGUUUCUUUCCUCGCUAUUUCUACUCCGCUCCAUUGAGAAGGAAACCAAAGCACCUGCAAAAGUAUGGGUCGUUAUCCAUUACUGUCUGAUCAUCAUCGUGACGGCCAUAGUUUUAGGGGCAUCGCAGAAAAAUGAUACCUUGUUUAAAAGUUAUUCCAUCAAAGCUUUUCUCAUUUUCGCUGGGGUGGACUUUUUCUGUCUUCUGUAUUUCCUCUGGGUCAUCAUUGUGUAUGUCAAGGAAGCCGUGGACAUGCCAGGCUUGUGAUGCUCCUGACCCAGAAAAUGGACCCUGUGAACUCACCAUCCCUUGUUUUCCUUCACUGUUCCCUCUUCUGUUCUCAUUGCAGGAUUUCAUCAACUCAGGACCCAGACCUAGAAACCCAGCCGACUGGAACAAGCCACCAGAAAUGUAAUGUUUCCCGUCUGAUGAUGCUUAUUCCCAUCCAAAAAAAUUUUAUGUCGUCACAGGUUGUUUUAUACUAUUAUUUGAACUUGCUAAAUUGGACUAGAAACUGAGUACAUCGAUCCAAAUACAUGGGAUACCCAGGACAGCGUCAUGUGAAAAAAUCUCGUUGAACGAGGACACAUGGUGAAAACACGUAUGUAUGUAGCAAGUUAGUCAGUACAAGCACACCCUCAUAUUCUAUCAUCAUCUAUUCCGAGUAUUCAUGCACUCGAAGAUACAUAUUCUAAUAUUUGCACAACAAAACCUCCAAGGACUCGCCUGAAGUAAAGUCCUAGUCAGCGGGCAAAAAAUCUAGAAACAAAGAAAGGGAACAGAGGCCAGUUUGUUGUUGUCAACUUUUAUUUCCCCAUUACGGUCAAUGGAUGUGUGAUGUCAUCUGAGGAGAAAACAAAUGCAUGGGCGAGAUGGAACAGACACAACGACGGAAGUGUAGUCUGUCGAAGCCCAGAACUGCUUCUUUCACAUGUUAAACUUGUGAAUAGUCAGAAAGAGAAAGUUUUCUUCCUUCCUGCUUUCUUUCCUCCGCUCCAUUCAAUCAUUUUGCGAGCAAGGCAGGGAUGAUGGCGACUUGUAGACCACACGCUAUGCAUUUAUAUGUCACAAAAUUCAUCCCAAACUGACUGGAAAUGGAUGGAGUAAGUGGUUUGUGUAUUAUCUGGGGUGGAUUCCUGCAGAAACAGAGGAAAAGGGGAAGUGAGACGACGACGACGACGGUCGACAGAGCUGGCAGCUCUCAGUUUCACUUUCCUCUUUCCCCUAUUGUAUUUUACUACCCAGUUGAGGAAGUUGAGUGCUGUUUGCUUAGUCGCAUAUAUACGUAUGCCCAGAGUUCUGUUCUUGUCCUUGUAAGUAGUCUAAAGUCAGAGGUUUACAACUUUUGACCAUGCCCAAGUUUCGGCUUGACGUGCACGUGUCGGUUAUUCUAUCGCAUAGCCUGCUAGAAGUUUUUAUUUACUAAAAAUGCUUAAUCAACAACGAGUUAGAAAAGUUACAUUUCAGCUUUCACCCAGAAAAUCUCUAAACUUUGCUGUAGAAAAAUUUUACAAAAUUCAGAUUUUGUUGUUUCCUUCUUUUCUCACUGCUACUCAAUAUGCAUAAGGUCGCUCCAGAUUGAAAGCACUGGAUAAUGUACAGCAUAUACAUAAAUAUAUACACAGGUAUUAAUUUUGAACAAUCAGGGGAAACAAUAACACUGACUUUUCAAUUAAUCCAGUAGCAAGAUACAAAUUCAUACAAACUGACGAUGUUAACUGAAAUUAUGAUCUGCAUGCAGAAAACCAAUCUCAAAAUAGUUGGAAAGAAAUUGAAGUUUCAAUUUAAUUGAAGUUAUUACUGAAAAAACUGUGUAACAAUUUAUUUUCAAGAUUUAAUUUUCGAAAAAUAUUACAAUAUUUACGAGUAUACUAUACUACAGUUCCGUUCAAAGUUUCAUACCAAGAAUGGUGAAAAAUGAUUUGUAGAUUAUGUGUACACACAUUUAGGAUAUUGCAGAGCUGGCUUUGCAAUAUCAGAUUUAGCAAACGUUUAAAAAAAUCAGAUAUUUUAAAGUUUAAUGUCUUCUAAUAAUGUUCAAAAUACUGAGUGCACAGAUCUGUAUACAUAGUUUACCCAUUUAUCUGUAUCCACACUUGUCUGAAUGACAAACGAUAGUAUUUUGAUAUUCUAGUUUUAUUCUAGUUCCAUUCAUGAGUACUAUAUUAUAAAAUUUGGUGUGGAAUUUGCACAAUUUGACAUGUGAAAAUAUUACUGAAAAUAUUAUUGCUGCCAACAACAGGUUAGAAAUGGAGGUAAUGUAUUUAUGGCUGUUUAUGCCAAAAACAGACUUUUCCUCAACGUGUACAUGUGUGCACUUACUCCCGAAGCUGGAAACGUUUGCACGAUUGCAUGUCAAAAUUCCAUAUUUAAUCUCUCUCGCUAACAAUUCACAGCCUUGAUUCGUUCGAGGCAAUAAGUUCAAUGUCCUUUUUCUGCUUUAAGCCACUUCUGCACACGUGUAUCCCCAAUAACCACAAAUGAAACUCCUUACCACACUCACUCCUUAUUACCACCAUACAAUCCACAAAUUAUGGUAUCGAUUAAAAUGGCGAUGAUAUUUCGAUCAGCCAUUGGCUUCGGAAUCCAAGUACGACAAUGGUUGUCGACACUUCGUAAUAUGCAUUCAAACCAAACUCAUGCCCUCUAAUAAUGUACACCUUAUAUACAAAUACACAUUUAUAUGUAAAUAACAGAGUUAAUUGUUCAUGUGUACUAAAACUAUAUAGUCAAUACCUCAUUAUUGUAUAUAUUAUGUCAACGCCCGGAUUGAUUGGAUACAAAGUAAAUGAAAGCACAUAAAAAUGUACCUAAUCUAUAGUUGUAGCAUACAUACUUGUAAUCAGGAGAAAGUAAUUAAUGGGUCAGUUUUCCAUGUACAUGACCUCACAUAAAUACGUUAACAUAUAAUGUGGAAUCACACCUAAUGCCAAAUUGUUCUGCGUCCAAUCCACGACGAAAAUUCAAGGAAAUUCCUCCUCCUUAAUUAAUUAAUACGGUUUUACUAAAUAGUAUAGAUGUCAAAUGUUGAUUGGUAAAUGCUCGUGCUAACAAAUUCAAACUAACAUUUCAAAGUGUACCUGUACAAAAGACACAAAUAAUGUUGAUGAAUGGAAAUAAAAAUAAAAACAAUUACA